GUCCGAAACCUUGUGAUGAAUGUGACCGUGUCUUGUCCAAUGCAAAAGCUCUCAAAAGACACAAACUGUUAAAACAUGACACAAAUGGUGGAGGGAAGUGUGAUCAAUGUGGCUUUAUUGGAAGGAAUAAAAGAGCUUCAAAGUAUCAUAUGAAUAACUGUCAUUCAGGAAUACAUUUUAUGUGUGAUCAGUGCAAAUAUGUUGGUAAAUCAAAAGAGCGUUUGAAGGCGCACAUAAGGGGAGCCCAUGACGGUCAAACAUUCAUGUGUGACAAGUGUGAAUAUGUUACAAAUUGGUCAAGCAGACUGAAUAAACACAUCAAAUUUAAACACAAUGGAGUUAACUUUCCUUGUGAUCAGUGUAACUAUGUUGCAGAAAAUAUGGCCCAUCUCAAAGUUCACAAAACUACUCAACACGAACCACCCACAUAUUUUUGUGAGUUGUGUGAUUAUGCUGCAACACUUCCAAGGCUAUUACAAGCUCAUAUUGAAAGUGCCCAUGAGAAGAUAAGAUAUCCUUGUAACCUGUGUGAUCAUGCAUCAACCUCUGCAAGUAAUCUGCGACAACAUAAAAGACGUGUUCAUAAAAUGAAACCUGAAGAAACCUUUGAAGAAACAAAUCCUAUUAAAAUGGAUGAAGGCAUAACUAAUCAAAACUCCUUGCUUGACAGUCCUAGUCCUCCAGUUGAUGAAGAACUACUUCAACAAGAUGCAGCAUUCAUUUCUUUGAUUGAAGAACCAAUUUGUUUAAUUAAUGUGAAGGAAGAAGACAAUUCAAAAUAUGCAGAUUCUCUUGAAGAUGGUUAUCAAUGUGAAUUAUGUAACUAUAAAGGAGCUUCUCUAUGCAAGUUCAAGCUUCAUAACUCUAGAACACAUGAAAGAAAAGAUGAAGGUUCUUGUAAUUCUUGUGACAAUUGUGAAUAUGUAGCAUCAAGCGAAGCAGGUUUAAGUCGACACAUAAGCAUGAAGCAUAACGAUCUUUUAAAGACUGUUCAUCGCUGUGAACCUUGUAACAUCUCAUAUAAAGACAGAAAUGGUUUAAGAAGACAUCAGAGAGAAAUUCAUUUACAGUUGAAAUAUUCUUGUAAUUUCUGCAAUCAUCUUGGAACUAAAGAAAAAUUUACAAAUUAUCUUAAGAAAUCUCACCUUGACAAAAAUCUAUCUGUUGAAGAAUGUGGAACUAUCAUGGAAACAUGUGCAUACUAGGUGAAAGGUCGGAAGUCAAAGAACCGGCCAUGUAAGCAACGUGAUUUUAUAGCAGAUUCUUAUUCAACAAUUAGGAAACACAUGCGUAAGUUUCAUUUUACUGAGGCAAAAUGUGAUCAGUGUGAUUAUGUUGGAAAAUCAGAUUCACUACUAAAGAUUCAUCAAAAGAAAUGGCAUUCAGGAGUUCAAUUUCUUUGUGAUCAGUGUAGUUAUGUUGGGAAAUCAAAAGCACUUCUGAUGUCACAUGUUAAGGGAAUUCAUGACACC